UCGCCCGCCGCCCCUUUAACGAACGACCAUAAAGGAAAGCCAACCCAAAACGACUUUGGAAAGCAGUUUUUAAUUCUAAAAUAAAACGUUUCGAUUUCGAUUUAUAGCCAUUUCUUAAUACAAACAUGAUCAAACAUUUUGACAAUGUGAGGUCCCUAUUAAAAAUCAGCCAAUACAAAAAAGGAACAUUCACAAUAAAUGAGAUUUUAGCUUGGGACAUUGUAGUCUGGCAGCAUUUACUUGCUUUUUUUGAUAGCAGAAAACAAAAUUUAGUUUGGGUGAAAAGUUUUGUUUUUUAAUAAUUUGCUCCAGAUUCCAAUCAAGUCGAGAGCUGUUAUAAAUAUAUAAACGGGCAACGGCGCUUGCGAGGACUCGCAGGAUAUAAUUAUGGCAUCGCCAUCUCAAAGCAGCCCUUUGACCAACUCGAACUCUAACUCUGUGGGGCUUGGUUCUGCAAGUACUACGGCCGGUGGUAGUAGCGGUGGCGCACAGAAUGCAAGCUCUGCCAGCGCAAGCACUAAUGGAACAGCUAGCAGCAGUGGAAGUGCUGCAGGCAAAUCUGGUGCAGGUGCCGAAAAUCAACCGAUUUUGACCAAACCACGCUUGCUUGAACUGGUGCGUGAGGUCGACGUAACAGCACAACUGGACGAAGAUGUCGAAGAGCUUUUGCUACAAAUUGCUGACGAUUUUGUUGAGGACGCUGUAAAGGCUACUUGUGCAUUUGCCAAACAUCGAAAAGUGUCCAAAGUGGAGGUGCGUGAUGUACAACUACAUUUAGAACGCAAAUGGAAUAUGUGGAUACCUGGGUUUGGAACCGAUGAGUUGCGACCAUAUAAGCGAGCAGCUAUUACGGAGGCACAUAAACAACGAUUAGCACUUAUACGGAAAACAAUUAAGAAGUAUUGAAUAGUUAUAACAAAAUGGGCGUAGUGGUCAACUUCUGAUUCUUCUUUACUAAAUAUACAAAGUUAUGUAGCUUAUAAGAUUUUUUAUAAAACAAUAUAUCAGUGGUAUAGUUUCGACUUAA